CGGGUUUAAAGAGUCUAUUUGAUGAACAGAGAGUGUGGCCAAUGGCUGAGUGCACGCCCAACCAAUCCGACACGGGGAGCCGCAGACUGGCCUGCUGCUGCUACUGCCGCACUUCCUCAGGCUGAGCCGGGGGUGGGCACGCAGUAGGAUCCCUCCAGCAGCUUCAGUAACAUGAAGGGGAGCGCAGGUAGCCGGGAACUGUGCCAGACAUACGUCUCCUACUAUCAAGCUAGGAGCCAUGAGGGGAACAUGUCGCUUUGCGACAAGCUGGACGCAAACGCUCAGCUGCUGCUGCUGCCGGCGUGCGAUUCUGCUGCGACUCCCUCUUACUCCUCCUGCGUCUUGAGAGAGAAUUUAUUGCGGAGCAGCGAGCAGCACAGGGCUGCAGUGCUGAGGCGCACGGCGAGGGGUCUCGCCAUCCUUGAGCUCAUCUGUGUGAAUCUGUUUCUGUAUCCCUGGAGGAAAGAGAUCAGGACACUGAAGAAAUUCACGGGAACUUUUAUCUAUUUUGUUGAACCUGUAAUUUCAAAGGACACCAUAAGGCAGAUUCUGCAAAGAGUGGGGUACUCCAUAGAUACAGAAACAGAAUAUAUAAUUGGAGGAUGCAUAAACAUUGAAGAGGCAAAGCAGGCUGCUUUUGAAUUAUAUCUGUCUAGAAUUCAGUGUGAAGAGCUGAUUUUGCUAAUAACUGAAAAUCGAACAGACAGUGUCAAUCUCUUUAUUACUGGAAGCAGCACUGAGCCAAGGAAUGAAAGAGAAAAUAUAGGACUUGCUGUUAAAAGUGAUUGUAAAAUUGCUAACAUUCUAGAAAUUGAGGGCAUAAAUAAUUUAAAUGAUGACAAAAACAUAUCUGAGAACAUCAAGGGCAAUAAAGACUCUGAAAAGCCUUCUGAGAAAUUUGACUUGCAUGCUUCUCCCAAAAACAGCCAAGAUGGCAAAGGCGAAACGUCUGCCAAGCACUUAAACUACAGUUAUAACAAAUACUAUGACAGCGAUGAGUUCCUUAAUAAAUACAGUGACCUCAAUCUGGCUCAGCAGCCAAUCUUCCCUUUACAUAACAGACAAAUCAAUAUUAAACUCAAAGCGUUGAGAGAAGAGCCAAACUUCGUAAAACCACAUAGCCCUGAUUCCUUUACUAAAGAAUCCGAAUCGGACGUGUCUAAAGGAACAGAACUUACUGCAGACUCACUUUGUGGCCAAAAAUGUAGAAUUGUUGAUGCAAGGAUAUUAGCCGAUGUGCAGAGUAACUUGGACCUUAAGAGACCGCUCAUACUUAGUGAGUCUCCUGUGGAAUUCAGUAUGCCAAACAAACAAGGACCGUUGGAGCGUUUAGUGAAUAAACUUAAGAUGGGAAAAGUGGACGAAGAGGCAUUGGCUUUCCCCGUUGAAGAAACCUUACCUCCAGAUCCUAUAGACUUUUCCAAUAGCAGCGAUAUGUGCCAAUGGAAGUCAAAGUGGACACACCACAAAAGCAGAGAAAUAGUGGAUGGCACUAAAAGUCCACCAUCUACAUCUGGUUCCUCAGUCCUAAACAUCACCGGUAAGGCAGCAGAGGGGAGUGCAUGUAUCGAGAAUUUACACAGACUCAGAGAGCCCCCCAGCUCCACAUAUAUUCCACCAGGAGUAGUAGAGAGGCAAUGCUUGAGGAUCACUGAUAUACAGCCGGAAGAUAAUCACUUCCAGGCUCCUUGUCUAUCUGGAGACAUGGACCUGGUCAGUGAGACUUUGUAUAACAUGGAUGAAGACACCAGGGAAGACUUUGUGAUGAUUACCAAGAAAGAGCAUUUACAACACUGAAUUGUGAUCUUAUUGUGCACUAUGGGGUCAAUCCAAUUACCCACAAUGUCUUUGUGGGUGCGAGUAAGUGCAGCUGUAUGCUGCACUUAUGGGUGCUGUUUACAUGCUGCUGCAAGAGCAAGUUUCACCCUUCGUGCGUAAUUGGAUUGAACCCUAAAGAUAGAUUAUUCUAGCAUUCACAAACUCAGAACCUUCACAUUGGAGUGUGACACUUAUGUUUACUGGGGUUUUAUCUGCUAAUACAGAUGAGAUGUAUGGCUCAAAGGUUAUAGUCCAAUCUUUAGGCACUUUGUUGCUUUUUUUUUUUUUUUAACUGGCAAACAGCAUAGCCUAACAUAUUAGGUAUUAUGUACAUUUAAUUCAGUGGAUGGCAACAAAUGGUUUUAUAGAGGAUGAUAGAAGCUCACCUACACAAAAAUAUAUGGUGUAAAUAAAAAUAUGCCUUUCUUAUAUCAGAA